UGGAAGUUAACUGCAGUUUAUUAAAGCUUCAUUAUCUGCACAGUUCAGCUGUUAUUAAGUUUAAUAAUUAUUGAUUUGAUUAAUCAGUGUUUGGGUGAAUAAAGGUGCAGGAUGACUGACGGGGAUGAUGAUGUUCCUCUCAUUUUAACCUGCGAUGAUCAAUCGGCUGAUCUUCCACCGGAGGAAAACGGGGUUGGGAGCUACGAUACCGCGAACAGCGUGAACAUCCCUGAAGUCCUGGACUCCAUUUCCCACAAUUCCUUGCGGCAGAGCUGGGAAAUGAAUUACCAAGAAGCAGCUAUAUAUCUCCAGGAAGGGGAGGAUAACGAUAAGUUCUACACCCACCCGAAGAACCCUCGCGCUCUCAGUGCGUACCUGUUCGUUCACAAUCAUCUCUUUUACCUGAUGGAGCUGCUGACGGGGAUGCUGCUCUUGCUGCUCUCGCUCUCUGAGGCGCCCGCCGUGCCCUUCCUUCGACUCGACGUCUACGUUCAUGCCACUCUGGAGCUGUUGGUGCUGGUGUUGGUGGCUUUUGAGCUGUGUAUGAAACUGCGAUGGCUCGGCUUUCACACCUUCAUACGACACAAGAGAACCAUGGUUAAGACGAGUGUGUUGCUGAUCCAGUUUGCUGAGGCGAUCGUGGUGUUAGUGAGACAGACGUCUCACCUGAGAGUCACUCGCGCCCUCAGACCAAUUUUCCUCGUCGACUGUCGCUACUGCGGUGCUGUACGCAGAAAUCUGCGUCAGAUCUUCCAGUCCCUCCCCUCUUUCAUCGACAUUCUGCUCCUGCUGCUCUUCUUCAUGGUCAUCUUCUCCAUCCUGGGGUUCUGUCUGUUCUCUACCAACCCUGUAGACCCUUAUUUUAACACUCUGGAGAACAGCAUCGUGAGUCUGUUUGUGUUACUCACCACUGCAAAUUUUCCGGACGUGAUGAUGCCGGCGUACUCGAGGAACCGCUGGUCGUGCGUCUUCUUCAUCGUCUAUCUCUCCAUCGAGCUGUACUUCAUCAUGAACCUCCUCCUGGCCGUGGUGUUCGAUACCUUUAACGGAGUGGAAAAAGUCAAGUUCAAGUCCCUCCUGUUACACAAGCGCUCGGCCAUCGAACAUGCCUUCCAGCUGCUGGUGAGCAGACAGAGACCUAACGGAAUCUCUCUGAGACGGUUUGACGGCCUGUUGCGUUUUUACCGGCCGCGCAUGAGCGCGCGUGAUCGCUUCCUCACCUUCAAAGCCCUCAACCAAUCAGGAACCUCCACCCUCAGCCUGCAGGACUUUUAUAAGGUUUAUGAGGUGAUGGGGCUGAAAUGGAGGGCACGGCGCAGUGGCGAGCACUGGUUCGAUGAUCUUCCUCACACAGCCUUCCUUAUUUUUAAAGGAAUUAACCUGGUGGUGAAAUCCAGAGUUUUUCAGUACGUGAUGUACAUCGUUGUGGCUGUUAAUGGAGUCUGGAUUCUGGUGGAGACCAACACGUUAAACAGUGGUUUCUCCUGGUCCCAGUCUGUUCCCUGGAGCUACAUUGUUUUUCUUACCAUUUAUGGUGUUGAGGUGCUGUUAAAAAUCACCGGUCUCGGACCUUUAGCUUACUUCAGCUCCGGGUGGAACCUGUUUGAUUUCUCUGUGACCGUUUUUGCCUUUCUGGGAUUGAUUGCUCUGGCGUUUGACAUGGAGCCGUUCUACUUCAUCGUGGUUCUGAGGCCUCUGCAGCUCCUCCGGCUGUUUAAGAUAAAGCAGCGCUACCGUAAUGUGUUGGACACCAUGUUCGAGCUCUUCCCCCGCAUGGCCAGUCUGGGACUCACUCUCAUCAUCUUCUAUUACUCCUUCGCCAUCGUUGGAAUGGAGUUCUUCGCUGAUGUCGUCUAUCCGAACUGCUGCAACACCAGCACCGUCGCCGAAUCGUACCGGCAAAUCAACGUAACCAUCGGCAACCGCACGGUGCUGGAGGAGGGAUACUACUAUCUCAACAACUUCAACAACAUCCUCAGUAGCUUCGUUACGCUGUUCGAGCUCACCGUCGUCAACAACUGGUACAUCACCAUGGAAGGUGUGACGUCACAGACGAGCCACUGGAGCCGACUCUACUUCAUGACCUUUUACAUCGUCACUAUGGUGGUGAUGACCAUAAUCGUGGCCUUCAUCCUCGAUGCUUUUGUUUUCCGGAUGAACUACAGUCGCAAGAACAGAGAGCCGCAAGGCGACCCAGAAGUUGAAAAGGGCGUGGUGUUUGAAGCUGAAGUGAACCGUGCUGAAGCGCUGCAAACACUGGAGCUCUACAAACACACACUUACUACAACCAACCUGAGCUCGCUACAUAACAUGUGUAUCAGCAUGGACCGGAACGGGCAUGCAAGUUUGGUCUUCCAAGGUCGCAGGUCACGCACGAAGAGUGACCUGAGCAUGAAGAUGUACGAGGAAGAGAUCCAGGAAUGGUACGAAGAGUAUUCCAGAAUGAAUCUACCUCAGCCGGACAGUACACUCCGUGGAGAACUGGACAGUCCUGACCCCACACCGCAUUAACUGAGCUCUCACACGCGCCGCCGAUCCGUGUGUUAGCAUGAACGCACGGCGUCCGGCGGUCUGGUUUCGUAUAUAAACACGUAACAGUUCUUCAGGUGAGCGUCCCUUACUGGGCGAGGGACCGCGACUGGUCAGUGUAGUAAACGCCCACUUCCUGUUCGCACCUGUUCUACUAGCCUUAUUUCCCGUCGCACCCUUACGGUUCCGCGACCAAUCAGGGAAGAUCAGUCACGGGGUCGCGCUCGGGUCCAGGAACCAGGUUUAUUUUCAUUUUUAUAAGUGAAGUCUCGUUUUGGGAUUUUAAGAGGGUUUUCUGCUGUAGCAAUACAAUACAGACGCUGGUGUUGGACACGCACAGUUCCCACGAAUAUAAACUCCAUAACAAAAGCACAAACAUUUUUAAUAUAUUUAAUAUUUAAAUUGUUUUAUGUAGGGUUUUUGGACAUGUUUACUUCAUUAAGAACUGCCAGCAUUGUUGAUAGCACCGCUGGAGAUUCGAACCCUGCAUCCCAGCAGUAGUGUGCGAGCGCAUCACCCAAGACUGGGUAUCGAGUCCACCCCGAGUUCUCAAGUUCUGAUUUAUUCUGUUAUUAUUAUUAUUAUUAUUAUUAUUAUUAUUAUUCAGUAUUAAAUCUGCAAUAACGUACGUUUAUGUUGUUAACAUCCAGCGAUGAUUUUAAGAGCAAUAUUGUGGAGUCGUAUGAAGCCCCAAUCAGAUCAUUAUAUCAUGAACGAGAACCUUGAAGUUUAGCUCAUGUUAGUAAAGGUCCAUCAUGCUAAUUAUGCUACAAGUGGACCCAUUUUUAUUAUUAUCAUUUUUUAGCUGACAUCAUAAAGCCUAAAAAUGUUCGGCCUCUAAUAAGCUUCAGUUUUCUGUUAUGUAGCUUUUACUCAGCAUUACAUUUCCACAUCAAUUCUAUCUGUACGUAAGAAUCUCUCACUUGUUAUACAGUAUGAUAUAUAAUAUAUAAUCACCGACGUGUGUAAAUAUUAGCGGGAGACAGGCGGGACGACGUCGUUUACUCAUGAACAAAUACUAAGCUAACAGAACUCACUACUAACGCGGGUUUUACACACUUUUAAACCUUGAAACCUAUAAAUAAUUUUCUAGAGACGUUCUUUUGUACGUGUAUGAUAAUGUACUGAAUUCGUGUGAAUCGAUUAAAUGAUUCAUUUUAAUGAACUCGA